AUGUCGGCAAUGGGUGCUGCUACUGCUGCACGAGCGGUGGCUCGCGCGACAACUUCCUCUACUCUUCCUCGAUCCCUUCGAGCUUUACGCCUCGCCAGACCCUCCUAUACCCCUCUGGCAGCACAUUAUCUGUCUAAUCGACGAGCGUACUCCUCUCCUUCAGAACAGCCCUCAACGAGGUCCACAGUGGUACAGCUCCUGAGCAACAUUGGCUCUAAGCGGGAGGUUCAACAGUACUUGUCCCAUUUCAGCUCGGUCUCCUCACAGCAGUUCGCCGUCAUCAAAGUCGGUGGAGCUAUCUUGACCGAGCAUCUCCAAACCUUGUCCUCUGCCCUGGCAUUUCUCAAUCACGUCGGGCUCUACCCUGUUGUUGUCCACGGCGCAGGGCCUCAGUUGAACAAAAUAAUCGAAGACUCAGGCGUUGAGCCGCAGUUCGAGGAUGGCAUUCGAGUCACCGACCCGAAGACUCUGGGCAUUGCACGAGCCUUGUUCUUGGAGGAAAAUUUACGAUUGGUAGAGGAACUUGAACGCCUCGGUGUACGAGCUAGACCCAUCACUUCUGGUGUCUUCGGCGCAUGCUACUUGGACAAGGAAAAAUAUAAUCUAGUUGGCAAGAUUAACCAUGUGGAUAAACGUCCUAUCGAGGCAGCCAUCCGAGCGGGAUGUCUACCAAUCUUGACUUCAAUGGCUGAGUCCCCGGAAGGACAGGUUCUGAAUGUCAAUGCAGAUGUUGCAGCUGGUGAGUUGGCUCGCGCUCUUCAGCCGUUAAAAAUCGUCUAUCUCUCCGAGAAGGGUGGCCUUUUCAACGGCGACACCAAGGAAAAGAUCUCUGCCAUCAAUUUAGAUGAGGAGUAUGCCCACCUCAUGACACAGUGGUGGGUUCGACAUGGCACAAGGCUGAAGAUCAAGGAGAUGAAAGAGCUCCUGACAGAUUUGCCUCGAACCUCAAGUGUUGCUAUUAUCCACCCAGCAGACCUCCAGAAGGAGCUCUUUACAGAUUCCGGGGCUGGCACUCUCAUCCGCCGCGGAAAUAAGGUCCACAAGAGUUCUUCUGUUGACCAAUUCAAAGAUCUCGAACAGUUGAAGGAAGUGCUUAUUCGCGAUCGAGCAGGACUGGACGCCAAGGCUGUUGUCGACCGAUACAUCAAGACUUUGCGUGAGCAAGAGUUUGGUGCCUAUUUCGAUGAGCCUAUGGAAGCAUUUGCCCUUGUUCUCCCAGCUUCUGGGCAGACUACUCUCGCUCAUUUGGCAACCUUGACCAUCACCAAAAACGGCUGGCUUACAAAUGUGGCAGACAAUAUCUUCGCUGCCAUCAAGAAAGAUUAUCCCAAAUUGAUGUGGACGGUCAAAGAAGACGACGAAAACCUGACUUGGUUCUUCGACAAGGCCGAUGGUAGUCUUUCUAAGGAUGGCGAAGUUCUCUUCUGGUAUGGGCUUGAAUCCAGUGACGAGGUCAAGGACUUGAUGGUCGAAUUCACGAAACAUGGUCGCCAGAUGUUUGGUGAUAUCAAUCUCGAAUCGAAGCUUCAGAGAGCUGCCAGAGCCGCGUCAAAUACGGUAAAUUCCAGUGUACAACCUGGCAGACAAACGCAGAAGAGAUCAUUCUCGACACAGUCCAACCCCCUGAGAGCAGCAAGAAAUUCUCAGUACCUGGCCAGGCCAGCUGUUUCUGUCCGUAUGUACUCCACAACGAAUCCAAAUCCCCCUUUGGGCGCAAAGAAUAGCUCAAACAGCGAGCCUUCCCGAGUCGCACUCAUUGGUGCACGAGGCUACACUGGAAAGGCGCUUGUCGAUCUCAUCAACCGACAUCCCCAUUUGGACUUACGCCAUGUCUCUUCGCGAGAACUGGCUGGGCAAAAAUUGCAGGGAUACAACAAACGUGACAUUAUUUAUGAGAACCUGAGCGUGGAAGAUGUGCGACAGAUGGAGGAGAACGGUGAUGUGGAUUGCUGGGUGAUGGCUCUACCCAACGGAGUUUGCAAGCCGUUUGUGGAUGCCAUUGACCAAGUCGGCAAGAACAGUGUAAUCGUCGAUCUCAGCGCAGAUUAUAGAUUUGAUCCUAAAUGGACAUACGGCCUCCCGGAAUUGGUGGACCGCUCUGCAAUUGCCAAAGCCACCAGAAUUUCCAACCCUGGAUGUUAUGCUACCGCAGCGCAAAUCGGUAUCGCUCCACUGGUGCCAUACUUAGGAGGACAACCGACCGUAUUCGGUGUCUCUGGCUAUUCUGGCGCGGGAACCAAACCAAGUCCAAAGAAUGAUGUUAAUAAUCUGACGGACAACCUGAUUCCUUACAGUCUGACAGAUCACAUUCACGAACGUGAGAUCUCCACUCGGCUCGGAACGCCAGUUUCCUUUAUUCCCCAUGUGGCUGUGUGGUUCCAAGGCAUCCACCAUACGAUCAACAUCCCGUUGAAAGAAGAGAUGACCUCGCGAGACAUCAGAAACAUCUAUCAGGAUCGGUAUGCGGGCGAGAAGUUGCUCAAAGUGAUCGGUGAAGCACCUCUGGUCAAGAAUAUUGCUCAUCGCCACGGCGUCGAGGUGGGAGGCUUCGCUGUUCACUCGAGUGGAACGAGGGUGGUGAUUUGUGCAACGAUUGAUAACUUGUUGAAGGGCGCUGCUACACAAUGCCUUCAGAAUAUGAACCUCGCACUCGGCUAUGGCGAGUACGAAGGGAUUCCACUAGAAUAA